GAGCAGAGGCUCACUCGGAGCCUCCAGAUGCGGCAACCCGCGUGACAAAGAUGUGGAUCGUGUGCGGGGUGUGCGCCCUGGCAGCCACCCUCGUCUACCUGAACACCCUGAACGCAGGCUUUGUCUACGAUGACAACCGCGCCAUCCUGUCCAACAAUGACAUCCGCCCUUCGUCACCCGUCACCAACCUGUUCAUCAACGACUUCUGGGGCACCCCAAUGCACCACAGCGGCUCGCACAAGUCGUACCGGCCGCUCACCAUCCUCACCUUCCGCCUCAACUACCUUCUCGGCGGCCUCAAGCCCGUCGGCUACCAUGCGACCAACGUCCUCCUGCACGCCCUCGUCAGCGCCCUGCUGCCCCUGUGGGCCUCGACCACCCUGCACCUGCCGCCAAAAACCACCCUUCUGGCCGGGUUGCUGUUCGCCGUGCAUCCGGUGCACUGCGAGGCCGUCGCCGGUCUGGUCGGACGCGCCGAACUCGGCGCCACCGCUUUUCUCCUCCUCGCCCUCCUCUCCUUCCACCGAGGACACCUUUCCGCCACCGUCUUAUUUUCAGGGUUCGCCCUGCUUUUCAAGGAACAGGGCUUGAUGACCUUGCCCUUGUGUGCUGCCUCCGUGUUUCUCCAGAGAAGAAGUUUCAAAGAUAAUUUUAAGGACAAAACUUUGGUGACACUUUCGGCCGCCUUUUUCGUCCAGUUGGCGUUCAGGAUUUCCGUGAUGGGCGCCACCUUGCCGAAUUUCGCGUCGGCUGACAACCCAGCGGCCCACUCUGCCUCUUUUUCAACCCGUCUGAUGACGUUUCUGCACCUCCCUGUGAUAAACUUGAAGCUUUUCCUGCUUCCGACGGUGUUGAGCUUCGACUGGUCCAUGGACGCCAUUCCUUUGGUCACGCGACUUUGCGAUCAGAGAAACGUUUUGUCUCUCAUCUUUUACAUCCUCCUGGCCACUCUCAUUCUCACGAGAUUCGGUUUCGAGAGCAAAAAAUCGAGAGGCAUCUUGACGUCGGCGGCUUUUGUCAUUCUCACCUAUCUGCCCGUCUCAAACGCGGUCGGCUACGUGGGUUUCGUGGUGGCUGAAAGGACCCUCUACGCGCCCUCAGUCGGCCUGUGCUUAUUGACUGCGAUCGGCGCGGGCGAAUUGAGUAAAAAAUGCAGACGCGCGGCGACGCUGCUCGCGAUUUGUCUGCUGCUGUCGCUGACGGCGCGCACGUGGAGCAGAAACGCCGACUGGCGCGACGAGGAGGCCCUUUACCGAUCUGGCGUCGCAGUCAACCCGCCAAAAGCCUAUGGAAAUUUGGGGAGCGUCCUCAGUUCCAAGGGGAGACUUGCCGAAGCCGAGUUCUGCUAUCGAAGGGCCCUGGAAUUCAGACCUAAUAUGGCAGAUGUUCACUACAACUUGGGCCUGUUACUGUUGAAUCAGCAAAGACUGGACGAGGCGAUAUCAAGUUUUCAAAACGCGAUUUUCUUCCGGCCGAGACUGGCAGCCGCCCACGUGAGCCUUGGCGUUGCUUUGGGGCAGGCGAAAAGACCGGUCGAGGCGAGGCAGGCAUUCUUGCGGGCGGCAAAUUCGGACGGCCAGGGCCUCAAGGACCCCAAAUCUCACGAGAGCGCCAGGAUUUCGGCCCUUUUUCACUUGGGCAGGCACUUUCUGGAGCACGAGCAGCCGCAGCACGCACUUAUCUACUUGUUGCAGGCCAAAGACCAAAGGCCCGACCACUAUCAGCCACAGAGCAUUUAUAAUUUGCUGGGAGAGACUUACGGUCGACUUGGACAACACGCAGAGGCGGAGCCGUGGCUGCGAGCUUCACUGGCGUCCAAACCAGACCACAUUCCUGCGCAUCUGAACUACGGCAAGAUCUUGGCGACAAACAAAAGCCGCUCGCACGAGGCUGAGUCUUGGUACCGGAGGGCGCUGCACCUGGCCCCGCACGACGCCAACGUUCUUCGCCACUACGGACAGUUUCUAAUGCAACAGGAUCGGCACCCUGAAGCAGUUUCGUUUCUACAGGCUGUGGUGAACGCCAGUCUGACUCUGCGAGGUCAAGCCCUUUACCCUGACCUGGUCAACUUGGCCACUUCCCUACGCGUGGCCGGUCGAUUGGAUCAGGCGGAGAAAUUCUAUCUGAUGGCCAGGCAGCUCGAGCCGGAGAAUCCUGCCAGUCAUAUCAACUUGGGCGCGAUUUUGCACCUGCGGGCCAAGCUUACGCAGGCGGAAAAGUGCUACGUCAGAGCGCUGGAAUUGGCGCCCGAGGAUGAAAUCGCCAAAUUGAACUUGCAGCGGCUGAGGAAGCUGAAGGAAAAGUCUGUGAAAGUGGCGAACUAAAAAAUAACCAAGUCAUAAUGGAAAAAUAUUGAAUGUGUUCUAAUUUUGAAAAAUAUUUUGAGGGGAUAUAGAUAAUAAUAUACAUAUACAAUGUGAGACUGAUUUAAUGUAAAAAAUAUUAUUAGCUAAUUAAAAAUUAAA